ACAGGCGAGAAGACAUACUUUGAACAGCAAAGACAACUCUUGAUCGGAGAUGUGGCUGCGAGUCUCGAAAAUGUCCUUCAGAACAUCAACAAGCUCAAUCGGAGUCUAGAAGGCGUCAUCGCUGUCGGGAACGAGUUCAGCCAAGUCGAAGGCCUGUGGUCACAGUUCGAAAACGUGAUGGCCAAGGAGCCCGCCAAAGAAGAGUCGGCCGAGACGAAACAG